CUUGCUGGCGUUGGCACUGCCGCAAAGAGAGAGCGUGACAGUGGGACAAGGCCUGUGCACGCGUCCGUUAUGGCUACCAGCAGCAAGUCGCACCAACGGACGGGGGAGCAAGCAUGGGGGAAGAUAAACAAAGUGAACGCGGAGCUGUUCACGCUUACGUAUGGGGCCAUGGUGAUGCAGCUGAUUCAGGACUUCGAGGAUGUAGGGGCGGUCAACAAGCAACUCGAGAGCAUGGGUUAUAAUAUCGGCGUCCGGCUGAUCGACGAGUUCCUCGCCAAGUCUCAGGUCUCGACGCCCUGCACCGACCUCAAGGAGACCGCCGACGUCGUCGCAAAGGUGGCGUUCAAGAUGUUCCUCGGGGUAACGGCCGACGUUUCGUCUUGGAACGGCGACGGGACGGCGUUCAGCCUGCUCCUGUACGACAACCCCCUCAUAGGCGAGUUAAAUUCGUGGAACUCCCUCCUCAGUACAGUGGGCUCCUCUACUCCAACCUACUUUGCGGGGUAAUUCGCGGCGCCCUAGAGAUGGUACAGAUGAAGGUUUCCUGCCGGUGCGUGCGAGACGUGCUCAGAGGGGACGACGUCAACGAGAUCAGGGUGGAACUGAAGGAGAUGAUGGAAGACGUCAUGGACGAGGACUACAAAGAGGGAUAGCGCUAUAUACAAGUAUGGCGUUGUCCAAAAUACUUCUCCAAUGCUUUUAUGAUUCCAAGUCGAUUUGGACGCCGGCGUUGUUCUUACAUUUGUGGCCUCAGGGUGACUUGACGGCCUGCUGCGCUAUUCUCAAGUGAUUCUUAUUCUCAAGGUGAAUGGACGUCUGCCUUAUUCUCAAAUUUGUUGGACAUCUGUGCGUUGGCAAGAGAGAGACAAGAUCGAGUGCUGAUGUUCCUCCGUGAUAAUUCGCCAGGGCAAAGCAAGCACGACGGAUUUACUCAGACUGUGUGACCUCAGCUUGGAUGCCGUAGUGAUCACCGAAAGUUGGUUCACCUCUGUGGCUCAAAGUAUGUGUACGAGAGAAUGAAAAUACUUCACAGGAAUAUGCGCUGACUAUGCUUCCUACACGUUCGGCCGCUGUUCUGUAAGUGACGUAGUCUCGAGGGAGCGUUUUUUUUUGUCUCCUCAAGCCGUGCACUUCCGGCUACAAUGCCAUAGAGAAACUCCCCCGCUAAGUCACGCGCGGUUGUCGCUGCCUGAGUCGCAUUUCCGCGUCUGCUGCGCGGGGAGAGUUUUGAUUCUUCAAGAGCAAGUGACUCAGCUGGCUGCCCAACUUCUCUGGCGCAAGCCUACCGCAGGAAGUUGGCGGCCUCAAGAGACGCCAUGGCCAAAAAGGAACCCUCUUUCUUGGGACUAAAAACCCCGGAUGGAUAGGAGGUUUUCGCGAUUUGGAAGGCUUUCCGUUGAGGCAGGGGGGGCUGAGGGAUGUCAGGGUCGAAAGGAACCCCGCUUCCUCGGGACUUGGAACCCCGGAUGGACCAGAAGUCUUCGCGGUUAGAAAGGCGUUUGGUUGAGGCGUGCGGGGAGAGCGUCGUCCUGUGCGUGCACACCCUGGAUCGGUCCGAGUACCGUUCUGAGCAACUCGCGCAGAACAAUGGGAGCGCCUGCUGGAAGCAUGAAGGUAGAUAGUUUCUGGUGUUGCUAUUGUUUGCCCUCCAGCAGCGUAGUCGUUGGGGACGUUUGCAGGAGAGAUGGUGCCACCUGAGUUCUUCGACGCUGUUUUUGGCGAGAUUAGCCGAGACUUUUGGUCUGUCGUUAGAACACAGUGAUGAUGACCGCGAUGCCUUGGGAUGAUGUGUUCCGCCAUAAUUAUCUAGUGGAAACCCCCCUUUUUUGGUCUCUGUUGACGGUGAAUAGUGGUUCAGCUUUUAUCGCAGUGGGGGGAGAGGGGGCUGCUGUUAGUUGCUGCCUCAAUGAACGGGCCACUGCUGUAGGUGGUGUGAAUAAAUAUUGUGUACAUAGGAACGGUGGGGCAACAAAGCAGAAACAAAAUAAAUGAAGACAGAAGCUUCUGUGUGACCUUCCGCCUGUGUGACCUCGGUUGAUACGUCGGGCAUGCAUGCCGAAAGGCCUGUAACUCCGGCGCCAGAAUAGAUGGGACAACACACAAACAAUAGGUAGCCGUUCGUUUUUGCCGGAAAGUGUUUAUUUCUUGUUUCCCUCGGAAGAAAUCAAACGUUGUUGGUAUCACCUUGGUUUCCGCCAGCAGAGAAUGUUUGACGUGCGUACCAAGGAGGCGCUCUCUCGUAACUGGGUGAUCAUCGUUUGCCCAAGAACCGUGAGCUUGUAUUCGAGCUGAGGUAUGCAGAGCUCGAUUAAAAGACAGUUGUGA